AUGCAUUCGUCCGACAAUAGUCGACGAGGUCAGCGCCGCCGACCGGAUUUGAAUGUGAACACCUCGAGUCCUGUCAGUAGGGGUCGCGAUUCCGUACCUUCAACGCCGCCGGCAAGAUCAAAAACAAAGCCCCCCGUAUCCAGCCGAGCAUAUCGAGUACCUUCGAGUUUACCACCUUCACGCGAUUCCGAGGAUUCUUUCCUUGAUAAUGGCUCUGAUGACAUCAGAGCGAACGAUCACGAUCAACCAGACCUACCUAGAGGUAGGAGUGUGAGAGAUUCUCAUGACUUGUCCCUACCGUCCCGCCAGUUCACGCGUGACUCGCUUGUCACUAAUAUGCUGACGUCUCUGGACCAAUUCUCUCUGGGGCAAAUUCAUACACCUGUGAAUAACAUGUUUGAUGACGAUGAUCCUCUUAGUCCGCCGAGGGGAGCUGAGUACUCAAGGUCUAUGACGGUUAGUUCUCGACCGGGACGUAUGUGGAGCUCUGGCGCUGGGCAUGGCCCCGGCCACGGAUAUUCGUAUAGCUCCGACUUCGAGGGUACCGAUGACGGAUCUAGCAGGAUGUCAGGCCAAUACUCGAGGGGGAGACGUAGCAACAGCAGUUCUGGCUUCCAGACCGGAUUGGGGCGGAUUAACAGUUUGCGGGAACAUAGUCAGCCCAACACAUCUGGUGGGCGGGGGUUGCAUUCGAGAGGAGGUAAGAACAGCAACAGCAGUAGUACCAACAGUAUCGAUGCAGGCGGUUUUGCCGAAGUCCUAACCACUCAGCGGUGGGCCCAUGGUAUCGGUGGGAGAUCGUCAAGUUUUGACUAUGGACAAAGGCCUUCUUUAAAUUCUCUUACUGCUUGGAAAUCUGAUUUUUCUAACACGUUCCUUGUUGAUGAUUACGAAGCAGCGCCGACGCCAACGAUACCGGUUGGGCCCCGUCGCCUGAAUAUGCCCUCCACUCCCGUUGGGCCCCCGCCUAUGCCUAUACCUAUGCCCCCGCCGGAGCCCGAGGCGAAGACUCCCGAUCGUAAGAAAUCUGCUGCAAGAUCGAGAAGUGGUACUGCGAGAACGGCGCAAUCCAAGCAUGGCGGACAGCGCGAGAUACCACCUCCGUUACCUUCCGCUGAUCUGGAUGCUGCACCUGCGCCACAUAUCGGGUACGAGAAGUAUAAGGAAGCUUUGCCUGGCGCUUCCAACCCGGUACCGCAGGCGAAGCAGGGAUUUUUCAGUAGGAUAUUUGGCUAUCGGAACAACGCAAACGUCCCAGAGACUAAACCGGCGCAAUCGACACCUACACCAGCGGAAAACGCCGACCAAUCGAAUAAGCUGCAGCACAUAGCAUCGCAGACGAAGACCCAGCCAACUCCGCCUUUAGGGGACUCACAACGGCCGUCUAAUCCGCCUCAAGUUCUUCAUAAGAAGUCAUCCUUCUUUAGAAGGCGAAAGAAGUCUAUCGCCGAGCCUUCAAUACCACCACCUCCGGUGCCUACGCCGAUGGAAAUUAAUAGAAUCAAGGAACAAACUGCUCAGCAAGAAAACGGCUCGGUUAGUAGCUUACGCGAGGUCAUGAGUCCGUUUCUACAAGAGAACGCGCCGUCUGUUCCCGGCGCGCUUUUAUCUCCUGGUCUGGAGAGUUCGGCGCGAGCACGGGGUUAUGAAUCACAAGACGAAGAGCAUGCUCGUAAAACUCGAGGUUUCUCUCCUGAUUAUGAUCCGAGUCCAAAUGCUACUAUUCGGACUGUAAAAUCUACGUCGGCCUUACGAAGCCAGGACGCCGCCCGUAGAAGGUCUCAAAUGGAAAUAGAAAUGCGAGAUGUCCCUGAAUUACCUCCUAUGAAGUCAAUUGAGGGUCGUGACGCAACGUUCUUCCACGAUAGCAGUGACGAGGGCGAAAGGUUAGAACCCAGUGGAACCCAUAAGCAACAACAACGGCAAAGCAAUAAAUCUCCAAGAUCAAAUAAUUCCAAAGGAUUUGAUGGAAACCAUGAACAGCAAGAUAGCAUAUAUGACAAUUCUAGGCCGACUCCUUCGCCUAAUUUGUUACUUCAACAGAAUACCACACCUGAAGAGGAAAGCCACAAAACCGCCGGAAAUCGCCAAGGUCCUAAGAGGAUGUCUACUUUCCCCGGCUCACUUAACAAAUCAGCCAAUGGUUUACCUAGUGUCCAGGUGGACGCCGCCGAAAUUAGCCCAAAGAUGAUGGGUUCGCCUUUAGAUGAGCCUGAGGUCUCAGUAGGAGAGCCGACGGAGGACGACCGCCAGAAGGCACAAAAGAUCUUCGAUGGAAAUGAAGAUUUCAUUCAGAAGGAGAAAGCAGCGGCUUGGAUGGGAGAGGAGGGCCUCGUGAGGCAAAGGACACUGAAGGCUUAUAUGGAUCUCUACGACUUCACAAAUGAAAGUGUUCUUACCAGUUUACGACAAGUGUGCAGUCGUCUUGUUUUCAGAGCCGAAACACAGCAGGUUGACCGGAUAUUAGUCGCAUUUUCGAAUCGGUGGUGUGAUUGUAACCCUAACCACGGCUUCAAAACUACUGAUGUAAUUCAUACGUUGUGUUAUUCAAUCAUGCUUCUGAACACCGAUCUUCACCUGGCAGACAUCGAUCAAAAGAUGACCAAGAGUCAAUUUGUCAAAAACACGAUGACCACCGUCAAGCAUGCCAUAGCCGAUUCCAUUCCCGAGGCUUUUGAUCGGCCUAGUAUCUUGCCCGGGAAGAAUAACCUGCUAAACGCCUCCAAUUCCGAUACGGCAGCUGCCUUUGAACCUGAGCCAGAGCGACCUAGUUGGAGAUCGUCGUUUAUGCCAUUACCACGAUCGGAGUCGUCGAUGGGUAACUACUCAGACGGUCCGGUCGACACAUGUGGACCACUUGUGAAGACGCCAUUUGAAGGACCUAUGAAGGCGUGGGUUCAGCAGAUGGAACUUGUAUUAAAAGACAUCUAUAGUUCAAUCCGUGAUGAAAAGCUCCCUCUCUUCGGAGCCGAGCCGGGCCAAUCACAGAGCCAAGCGCAAGGCAGUCUUUCUGUCAUGGGUGUGCUCAAGCGCAGCCCAAGCGUCUUGUCAAAAACACCCUCCGAGGGUCACAUCUCUGUGCGCGGUAGAAUCGCUGACCCGACCCGCAAUCCUGGAAGCAGAUGGGCUUCAAAAAGUCGAUCCAGGCCAAGAUUCCCUGGUAAUGGACACUCCUCAAGCCGUACCAGUUUUGACGAUGGCAAUUCAAUCUGGAGUCCUACUACCUCGUCCGCCACAUGGAGCCGUUACUCCCUGGGUAGGACCCAAACUUCUAUGUCUAUGGACUCGUUUAGUUCAUACCCGCAUGGCGACUACCAGCAAUCGAUUGGAUUUGCCAAUGCUCUUAGCCAAGCUAUAAUACGUGAAGAUGCACCCCCGGGCACUAGUGGACAAUCUAUCAUGAGUGAGGAAAUGCAAAGUAAUCAGCUCCUUGACGAUGAAUCGCUUGAGCUUGCAGGCCCGCCUUGGGUGAAAGAGGGCAUUGUCACCCACAAGCACCAUCUAGAUGGUAUGGAUAAGAAAGCUAAAGAGCGAAAUUGGAGUGAGGUUUUUGCUGUCGUACAAAAGGGAACGUUGAGCCUCUUUUCUUUUUCAACUAAGUCAAUGCGCCAAAAGGGUCGUGUCGGCCGCAAGCCCCCUCCUGGUGCCGUUGUUGGAGGUGGAAACUGGCAGGAGAAUGCCACCAGUGUCGGCUCUUUCUCGCUUCGCCAAACGCUCGCGUCUGCUCUUCCCCCGCCCGGCUAUUCUCGUAGUCGACCGCAUGUUUGGGCUCUCAGCUUGCCCACCGGUGCUGUGCACCUUUUCCAGGUCGGCACUCCCGAAAUCAGUAAGGAGUUCGUUCUCGCGGUCAACUACUGGAGCGCCCGAUUAAGCACGCAUCCUCUAGUUGGCGGAGUUAGCAAUAUGGAAUACGGCUGGAGUGACGCAGUUAUCAAUAACGCCCUUAUACCAGCCAUCAGCGAGCCACCCCCGCUUCCGCGCCCAGGUAGCGCAGCUGCAAGUCGCACAAGCAUGCAUAGUCGCCAGGGCAGUCUUCAGAGCAGCAUUCGUUCAUCGUUUGAUGUUGGCGGCGGCUCUCGUACGAAAUUACCAGGCGAUCGAAUCCACAUUGCUGAAUGGGCCGCCCCCACACAAUCUUUACGCCCAAGCAACGCCUCCGAAGAGGAGCAGCUGGAAAUCCUGGAGGCAUACGUGAGAUCGAUCGAGGAGGACCUCCAGAAGCACAACCAACUCAGAUCCCCUAUGCUUUUAGCUUUUACACCGCGUGGCCAUAACGCUGGCAAGGCGAUGGCAAACUGGGAGCGAAAGAGUAGUUACUUACUGCGUGAGAUUGUCAAGUUUAGGACAUACGUCGAUUGCUUACAGCAUGCCAAGGCGAAGCGUGCCGAAAUCUACGCCGAACGCGAUAGCGCAAACCGCGCCUUUCAAGGGCAAGAUCUAACCGACGAUGAGGAUGUCCCGGAGGAUGCUUUGGCCAUCCAAGUCGAAUAG